CCAAUCCACCCUCUUGAUCAAAACAAUUCAACAUGGGCAGUUUACAUGUGCAUUGAUGAUGUCAGACACAAAAUCGCUGGGCUGUUAGAUUUUAAGUUGGUGGAACUUUAAGGAGACCGUUACUGCGGCUUAAAAUAUCGAAGUUGUUCAGCUACCUAGAAAACUGUAAUUUCUACAAACUCAUAAAUACCAAAAAGUUCUUAAUACUCAUCAAGGUCUAUUAAUUUGAACUAAUUGUAAUUAUUUAAGUUAACAGUACUCAAUACUGUAUGUUUAACUACUUUAAGCAUUAGUGUUUACAGUGAACUGUCACAUGCAAAUAGUUAUUUAAUAUCAGAAGGUUUUUUCUGCUCUAUCACAUUAGCUGAUUUGUUAAAUCAAAUGUGCAGAAAGCUAAAAAAAAAACACUGAAAUGUGCAGGCCAGAGGGUCCUUCAGGAGCACGGUUGGGCCACUGCUUCAUGCCAUUAUUGCCUGUCUCUUUAACAAAGUCUCAUUUAUGCAGAUGAAUGUCCAGCUCGUCUCAUUUCUCAUCGCCUGUCUGCUUUCCACUGUUUAUAGUGAAGGAUCCAUAGACUUCUGCUAUAACUUGCCAGAAUGCAAUGCAAGCACAUGGCCUCAUUUAGCACCACAUGCAUGCAAUGGCACUCGUCAAUCUCCUAUCAAUAUUGUGACUGCUGAUGUGAAGCCUGAUAAAAACCUGACUGCUUUCCAAUUCAUUGGCUUUAAUGACAGCUCCACAUUUUUAAACAUUUUAAACACUGGAAAAUCAGUGAAAAUUGAACUUGAUGGUCAAAAGAUAAGCGUGUCAGGAGGAGGUCUUCAGAACCAGUACAACUCCACCCAGGUUCACUUUCACUGGGGCAACGGCUCAUCUAUUAAUGGAUCAGAACACACUGUGGAUGGCAGACAGUAUGCAAUGGAGAUGCACAUAGUAAACAUUAGGGCUGAUUUACCCUCGGCCGCCGCUGCCAACGACUCAACAGCAGAUGCUGUCCUUAGUUUCUUCAUUGAAGCAACUAAUGACAGUGGUACACCAGAAAGCUGGAAAAACCUCACCUCGUUCUUAUCAAAAAUUCCUAAAGAAGGUGACACAUUGGACAUUAUGAAUCAACUUACCCUGGACAGUCUUCUCCAAGGAGUAGAUCGGACAAAAUAUUACCGUUACCUUGGUUCUUUGACCACACCUACAUGUGAUGAAGUUGUGGUCUGGACUAUAUUUAAAGACCCAAUCAAAGUGAGCAAAGAUUUGGUUGCCCUAUUUAGCAACACAGUGCACAUCAAAACAUUGGCUGAUCCUUUCAUCACCAACACCUACAGAUCAUCACAGGCCCUAAAUGGCAGGGUUGUGACAUCACAGGCAACAUCAUCAACAAGCACGACUUCGUCAGCAAUCACACUCCAUCACACUUUGUCCAUCAGCACCGCACUCCUCUACUCUGUAUUGUUUUGGUGUUUGUAGUCCCUAUCUACAAGGAAGACAUCACACUAAAAAUGUUUGUUAAGUCUAGAUACUUCCUAUUGUAUGUUUCCUCUGAAUGUUUAAAUUAUAUUUAAAUUUAUUCAUGCAAAUGAAUAAAUUACUAUAUUUAUUAUUUUAAAAAGAUGUAAAAAUUGUUUACAAGAUAAUAAUAAAAAAAUUAUAGCCCUAUAAAGGAGCCAAGGAGUGCCUUUGAAGUGCUAUUUUGUAAUAUUUUCUUUGUAUAUGGUGAGGAUUUGGGUGGGGGGCAGGGACGGGGCAUAAACAGUCAAACAGAGUUUGCUUAAGUUCCACCAUUCAUUUUAAAAUGAACUUAAAUUCAUGAAAAUAUAUUUACACAACUGAUU